CUUGGUUUCUUUACUCCAUGAGACCACCUAUGAUCUACUCUAAGUUAUACGGAGACAGAGUAACAGUUGACGAUUGAGCUGUAUUUCUGUCUUUCAACAGAAAGUCCUCUGCCUGCCUCGGUAGAGUCGUGACGAGCAUCGCCGUACAACCACGACAGCCGCUUCAUUGCCGAUAACUUUCCUCACAGCUCAGCGUUAUCAACGUAGAUAUUUGAUACAACAGUAAGAAUCACAUCGUCACCAUCUCUGGACCAAGUCCGUACGAUCAGAAGAAUGGCACCGACACCUCCAUCACCACUGGAACUUCUCCUCUUGCCGGCUCUCCAGCUGCCGUCCAGUCCAGCCUCACUGAGAUCAGCGUACAAGACGACCUUUGAGACUCUCCUCCCGAAGCUCACUCACCCAAGCUCCUCAUCCGUUACAAGGCUGGACAUCGCCUUGGUGCUCCCAUCUUCGUAUCCAAUCAGCCCUAACAUAUCCCGGUCCGCCAGCUAUCCUCUACUCCAGACGCUCUUUUCACACACCUACAGUCUCAUCUGCUCAGUUGCCGCCCAGGCAAACAUUGACCUGGACUUCCCUGGAGGUCUGGAUGUGAGGCUCUUUGUGUUGGAGCCGCGGUCGAGCAAUCUCUCCCCAUCUAUCCUAGGCAAACAGUCCCUCUCUGGCCCCAUUGUCGAUUUCGAAACAUUCGUCUCCUCGACUCCCUCUCGCCACUACACGACACUCUACACGGUCGAAGGCGAGACCGGCGAAUCCCACCUCAGAACCCUCGUCACGGCCUGGCAGUCACGGCAAGGUGGCAUCGCCCCUCCGGUUCAGCGCCUACCUUGUGGCCCGUCCGUCACAACCAACCCAUGCGCCUCGGCGACGUCAGCCUAUGUGGCUGGCGACGAAGGCCCAGUGACAAGCCACAAGUCUGUCGCGGUCGGCGGCACCUUUGACCACUUGCACAUCGGACACAAACUUCUCCUGACAGCCACGGUGCUUGCCGCUGAGCCGUCCGAACCAGACGCACAGCAGCCCACUACGCCGCCACGUCUCAUCACUGUAGGGAUCACGGGCGACGAGCUCCUCGUGAACAAAAAGUACGGGGCGGUCGUGGAAUCCUGGGCGACCCGCCAACAGCGUACGGCCGAGUUUGUCGAAUCGAUACUGGUAUUCCACCCGGACGUGGCUUCGAUUCAAAAGACAGAACAUGUCGACCAGCCCGGGCCAAACGGGAAAGUCGUCCGCGUCAGCUACGCCGUCGGCGCCGACGACAUCAUCAUCAACUACACACAGAUAUCUGACCCCUUUGGGCCGACAAUCACCGACCAAGACAUCACGGCGCUCGUCAUUUCCGGCGAGACCCGCGCCGGCGGCAAGGCCGUCAACGACAAAAGGCUCGAGAAGGGGUGGAAGGCCCUCGAGGUCUUUGAAGUUGACGUGCUGGACGCAGGUGUCGGUUUUGAUGAUGAUGAUGACGACGACGACGAUGGUGUUGAAGGACAACCACAGCAGCAACAGAAUAAACAAAACUUCGAGAGUAAGAUUAGUAGUACCGAAAUAAGGAGGCGGUUAUACGAACAGAAGGAGGGUACGACUUGA